CUUUAAAUCCAGCGGAUGACGUCAGCGCCUCGGUUUACUUCGCUUUGUCCCGGAGCCUUGUUUUUCAGAUCGAGACCAGAGGGAAACCAGACACGGCUCCUCCGCGACCGGCGCUGUAAGAAGUUAUAACCGCUCACUCAUUAGUUUAUAACGGUGUAAUAACCCCCGCGGUGAUGCCGUCCGACAGACCCUUCAAGCAGAGGAGGACCUUCGCUGAUCGGUGCAAAGAGGUCCAGCAGAUCCGGGAUCAGCACCCCAACAAGAUCCCCGUGAUCAUCGAGAGGUACAAAGGAGAGAAGCAGCUGCCCGUGUUGGACAAGACCAAGUUCCUGGUGCCGGACCACGUGAACAUGAGCGAGCUGGUCAAGAUCAUCAGGCGUCGUCUGCAGCUGAACCCGACUCAGGCCUUCUUCCUGCUGGUGAACCAGCACAGCAUGGUGUCCGUGUCCACGCCCAUCUCUGAGAUCUACGAGCAGGAGAGAGACGAGGACGGCUUCCUCUACAUGGUCUACGCCUCGCAGGAGACCUUCGGCUGCUAGGGGGGUACUGUUGGGGGGGGGGGGCAUCUUCAGGAGACGGAGGGAGAGAGAGACGGUGACGGUGGACCAAACUCCACCUUCUCUCCACUACAUAGCAGCACCCUGUUAGAGUACAUGUGACCUCCCCCCCUCCCCCCUAUCUGUAGUCCAGCCCCCUUUUCCUAUUGGUCAGUACAACACUACAAAUCCAGAGACCCCCCCCCCCCCAUAUGUUUGUUAUGUCUGUCUGAAGUUAGCUCGCCACUGACUGCAGAGAAGCUGACGCUCUAAAAACUAAAUGUAAUACUUAACAGAAAAUUAACAGUAACUUGACAAGUGCAAUAUCUACCCCCCCCCACCACCCCCACCACCACCACCACCACCACCAACAACACACACACACACACACACACACACACACACACACACACACACACACACACACACACACACACACACACACACACACACACAGAAGGGAAGCUAGCAUUAGCAUCACCAACCACACGCUGCUACUUCCUGUCAGGCAGCGUGUGACAGACUCAAGUCUUUUUGUCCCGUAAGCACAAAUCACCUCUAGUUUCACUGCUCACCUGCAACCAAGCCCCGCCUCCCCGCAUUUAACCACGCCUACAUUUAAUGUCAUAAACCAAUCAGGUGAAGCCAAUUUAAAGGCCCAUCCAGUAGAUUUUAGACCGUGGAAACACGAGAGAUGUGGCGACAUUAAAGGGCCAGUUGUUCCUUAAAGGGCCGGUGUACGCGUAUCGCCACCUGGCAAUGAGAGCCGUUGGUGUGAGAGAGCGUUCACGUCGUCAUGGAGACCGUGCUGCUACGGGAGCCCAGGUGGGACAGACCAAACACCGCCAGAGCUGCCAGUGUUUUUAUGCGACUUGAAGGCCACCGUAGACGCAACGAGACGGGAUCACAGGAAUUAGCUAACGGGUAAAUGUCACGGUUAAGAUCAACAUCGGUGAAACAAAACGUUAACGUUCACGCAUCCGUCACGCUGGCCCUUUAAGAGGAACAACACAAACAAGUCAUCCAACUUAAAAACGGACGCUGGCGGUGAGGAUCAUGAGCGCAGGAGGAGGCGGGACGCUUAGUUUGUGAUUUAUUUGUAUUUCUGUGAUGAAUCGACUACUUCCUGUCUGCUAGGACGCGACAGGAAGUAGUCGAACCCCAAGUAGAGCUCGCCUCCUCCUCGCGUUGCACAGCUCGUGAGAAACGUCACGGCAGCACAGACAAAAUAUAUUCAACGUCGGAAAUGAAUGAGCUUCUUUUGCACAUAAAUUAAUACCAAUAUUAAAAGAGUUGGCAUAGGAUCUUUUGUUUUUUAGGAAUUAUUACUGUAUCUAUAUAACGAUCUCUUUUGUAUCUUUCUGUCCGUCUGCUUUGAGACUUCAGAGAAAAGGUUGCGACGCUCCAGACAUGCAUGUGCUGACCUUUUUUUAUAUAUAUAUAAAUGUAUUGAUUUUACGCAAUAGAUAUAAUCGUUUUGUUUGAUUUAGAAAAGUCUUUUUAGAUGUUUCCCAAAACCAAAAAACUGAAAAUAAGUGUAUGUUUAAAAAAAGAUGCAUAAAUAAAGAGCAUAUGGUGUAUAAAC